AUGGUGGUGGAUCAGGGCUUGGAGGAAGAGAUGGUAGUGGAUCAGGGCUUGGAGGAAGAGAUGGUAGUGGAUCAGGGCUUGGAGGAAGAGAUGGUAGUGGAUCAGGGCUUGGAGGAAGAGGUGGUGGAGGAUCAGGGCUUGGAGAACCACCUACCUGUUCCCCCCUCAGCCCCACCUGCCGCUGGCAGCCCCCACCUGCCGCUGGCAGCCCCCACUACUUACCUGAAACAGAAGAAAAUGAUAGCUUGCAAGCUGCGCGUAAUUCUCUCGCUCUUAUCAACUGAAAACGGUCCGCAAGAACAGCAACUUGGCUGCAACGGACGGACCUCCACCAGCAACUUGGCUGCAACGGACGGACCUCCACCAGCAACUUGGCUGCAACGGACGGACCUCCACCAGCAACGGACGGACCUCCACCAGCAACGGACGGACCUCCACCAGCAACGGACGGACCUCCACCAGCAACGGACGGACCUCCACCAGCAACGGACGGACCUCCACCAGCAACGGACGGACCUCCACCAGCAACGGACGGACCUCCACCAGCAACGGACGGACCUCCACCAGCAACGGACGGACCUCCACCAGCAACGGACGGACCUCCACCAGCAACGGACGGACCUCCACCAGCAACGGACGGACCUCCACUGGGCACGUAAUCUUUCCCUCGCUGGCUCUAAUGGUGGCUCUAAUGGUGGCUCUAAUGGUGGCUCUAAUGGUGGCUCUAAUGGUGGCUCUAAUGGUGGCUCUAAUGGUGGCUCUAAUGGUGGCUCUAAUCCUGGCUCUAAUGGUGGCACUAAUGGUGGCUCUAAUGGUGGCUCUAAUGGUGGCACUAAUGGUGGCUCUAAUCCUGGCUCUAAUGGUGGCACUAAUGGUGGCUCUAAUGGUGGCUCUAAUGGUGGCUCUAAUGGUGGCCCUAAUGGUGGCUCUAAUGGUGGCUCUAAUGGUGGCUCUAAUGGCGGCUCUAAUGGUGGCUCUAAUGGUGACUCUAAUGUGGCACGUAAUCUUUCCCUCGCUGGCUCUAAUGGUGGCUCUAAUGGUGGCUCUAAUGCUGGCUCUAAAGGUGGCUCUAAUGGUGGCACUAAUGGUGGCACUAAUGGUGGCACUAAUGGUGGCUCUAAUGGUGGCUCUAAUGGUGGCACUAAUGGUGGCACUAAUGGUGGCACUAAUGGUGGCACUAAUGGUGGCUCUAAUGGUGGCUCUAAUGGUGGCUCUAAUGGUGGCACUAAUGGUGGCACUAAUGGUGGCUCUAAUGGUGGCACUAAUGGUGGCACUAAUGGUGGCACUAAUGGUGGUACUAAUGGUGGCUCUAAUGGUGGCACUAAUGGUGGCACUAAUGGUGGCUCUAAUUAG